AAAGAACAACACUAACACAGAAAAAACCACAGACAUAUAACAUUGUGCUUUUCUGGUGACAUACAUACUUGACAUCAAAUAAAACAGAAAAGCAGGGCUUUUUCUGGAACUCUACAAAAUCUUCCUCAAGGUUCUGAAGGCAACGAUCUGAAAACCAAGUUCAUGGCAAUGCUGAGAAGUCUGUUGCUGCUCUUCAUCGUGUUCUCCAUGGGAGAUGCAGAUGUUGAUAUAGGUAGACUAUGCCAGGAUGGAUGGACAAAUUUUGGAGUCCGAUGCUACAAGUUCUUCUCUCAGUCGACCAGCUGGAUCACAGCAGAGAGAAACUGUAUUGAGGAGCAUGCAAAUCUUGCAUCUGUGCACAAUGAACUGGAAAACAACUUUCUGAUUGGUCUGUUGCCUUCUACUACUACACGAUGUUGGCUUGGUGUUCAAGAUGCUGUAGAAGAAGGACAGUGGUUGUGGAGUGAUGGAACUCCAUAUGACUACAGCAACUGGUGCUCUAAUGAACCUAACAAUCUAAAUGUCGAGAACUGUGGAGAGAUCAACUGGAGCUCAGACCGUUGCUGGAAUGAUGCAAGCUGCUCAACCUCAAUGGGCUAUGUUUGUGCUAAAGACUGUGAGAUAUGCAGUCAUCCUGGUCCGCGGUUACGUUGAUUGUGCUACAUUUAAAGUUUCUGAACUUCUCUUUACAAAACAUUCUCAACCUUAAUCUCUUAAUACUGAGACACUCCUUGAAUCAAUAAAAUCAUUAAAGCAAA